AUGAAUUAUUUUUGCAAGAGAAAUUUUAAUUUUGGUCAAGUUGGCAGAUACGUAAAAAAUAGAAAAUUUAGUAGCCUAUUAUCAAAGGAGAUAAAGGAUCAUGAAAUUAAACAAAUUGGUGUAAUCGGAGCAGGCCAAAUGGGAUUUGGUAUUGCUUUGGUAACGGCCCAUAUUGCUCAAUUGCCCGUUAAGGUAUUGGACUCGAAUCCUAAACAAAUUGAGAAAGGGUCAUCCUUUGUAGAUGGUUUACUUGAAAAGGAUAUCGUCAAAAAUCGAAUUACGCGUGAUAAAGCAACGGAAACAAAAUCACGCAUUACGACAACGACAUCGAUUUCGGAAUUUUCUACCAUGGAUUUUAUUAUUGAGGCCAUCCCAGAGGAUGUAGAUUUAAAACGUGAAAUUUUUGCGAAAUUGGAUCAAAUUACGAGCGAUGAUACUAUAUUGGCCACUAACACAAGUAGCAUUAGCAUCACGAAAAUUGCAGCUGCUACGAAGAAGCCUGCUAAGGUUAUUGGAAUGCAUUUUUUGAAUCCAGUUCCUAUCAUGGG